AUGGCACCUCUUAGCCAAGUAGAGAAAGAUGCACUCAUCUCCAAAGUUUUAGGAGAGCUUUCAGGGACACCUUAUGCUUGCUCUUCGCUGACGCACUUAACAAACGGAACUACUAACUUUGUAUUUCGUGGGAAGUUAGCCCAUCCCAUCCGUGCAGAUGGAGGUGACCAAAGUACCGCCACGACCGUUAUCAUCAAACACUCGACGGAAUUUGUUGCCGUCAACAAGGACUUUCCCCUAGAUCCGUCACGUGCUUUUUACGAAGAGUCCAUGCUUUAUGCUCUAAACAACUUCCCAUCUAGCACGACGAUCGUGAAGACUCCACGGCUCCACCUCUUCAUCCGUGAUGCAAAUAUCCAGGUAUUGGAAGAUUUCCCUACAGCGGUUGAUUUAAAGAAUAUACUGGUGUCACCAACUGCGAAUAGCAUCCUCACGGCGCCGGUGGCAGCGUCCAUCGGUUACGAUGUGGGGUCCUGGUUGCGCUCAUUCCAUACAUGGGCCUCUUCCUCGAACGCUGAGUUGAAGGCUAUCGGCGAUAAUGAACCCAUGAGGAAGUUAAAAUACGCUAUUACAUAUGAUAGCUUUUUAAAAGUACUUGAAAAUAACUUUCCUGAUCUUCUAGAGGGACACCGGUCGACUCUAGAACAAGUCAAAGAUGCUGCGACAAACGAGUUUCAAAAGAUAUCCGGAGAUGGAGAUGAGGGUGAGCACUGGGGACUCAUACAUGGUGACUUUUGGACGGGGAAUGUUCUACUCCCGAGUAAUCCGUCGCUAAGCACUAAACAUCUAAGCGGCGCCAAACUCUUCAUCGUCGAUUGGGAAUUUGCUCAGUUCGGUCAUCGCGCAUAUGAUAUCGGACAGAUGGUCAGUGAUAUCUACGAGCGGAAGCAUUUCUUCCAAACUGACGGUGCCGUACCUGUGAUUGAGGGGUUCAUCCAAGGGUAUGGAGGGUUAGAUGACGAGCUCGCCUUCCGCACUGCCAUCCACGCAGGAGUUCAACUGAUCGGCUGGUAUACCAGGCGAGCCCCAACUGCUCCUCUACAGUUCCCCUUGGAGAGGGUUACCGAUGCGAUGAGGAUUGGGAGGGACUGGAUUCUGAAGGGAUGGCAGAAGGACCGAGAUUAUUUUCAGAGAAGUCCCUUGGCAUCUUUGUUCAAGACGUUUUGA